AAAAAAUCUGCGCCUGCCAAAAUGACAACUCCGGCUCUCUCUGACGCACCGAUCGAUGAUCGGAUGUUUGUCGAAUUUUCGAACAUGGGGCCCAGAUCAGAAGGGAGGUAUCUGUUCGGGUUGAUGCCAUCUUCCAUGUGGUGUCAUACCGCGAUCAAGGUUCCCCCGAGCUUCACGAACUUGACCCACUGGUCGGACCUUUUUGAAGCAGGUCACCAGGAAGCACUCAAGGCCGGUGUAUACCAUCACAAGGCCUUUCUUGCGGCCGAAAAGGAAAUGAAGGCCCUGGCCAGCGAUCGGGAUGACAGCCAGAUCCUUCUUUCUGCCGCUCGGAAGUUAGCGGUCGAUCUUCAAGAGCAGGCCAAGGAGGGUGAGAAGGCAAAAGCCGCUCUGGCUGAGAUGCAGGAAAAAUCCCGACGUCGCGACCGGGAGAUUAAAGAACUCCGGGCCAAGGUGCGAGCUGCUGAAUCUGUUGGGAUCAAAUUUGACAAAGCCGUUGGUGACCAUUUGCCCGAACCAUAUACGGUCAACACUUCCCAAAUUGCACAUCAAUCGAUUGUUGAUUUUCAACGGGGCAAGGGGCUGAACGUCGCUCUGGAGAACACGGCCCGGCAGUUCCUGGGACCUCACCUUGGCCAAUUCUUACGCGAAAGCGAAGAUCCCAUCAAGGCAGGGAUCGAUCUCCUGGACAGCACACCGGAAGGGAAAUCUUUCCUGGAUGACCUGACCGAGAAAACUGUGAAGCAAAGUCAGGACCUGCUUCUGGAUAGGAACCUCGGUUUGAUCCUAGAGCAUUUCCCCAAGCCGUUCGACCCUGACGAAUUAGGCUUUGACGAUCUGUUCGGGAACACAUAUGACCGUAUUAUGGAGAGAAGGUCCAAAGCAGCGCCUGAUGAUGCAGUGCAGGCAGGGAGCUCUCAACCUCCAUCCUCCCCGAACGGCAAUCCUCCAGUAGCAUAGCCUUGUAAUUUUUGCUUUUUUGUCCUUUGUUUUUCUUGUAUAUCCCGGCUAGUAAUGCCGAAGAAUAAACUGGACUUUUCUCUUUAUCUGUUGAUGUCUUUCCUCUAUUUUUCCUUUGAUUUUUCUUGUUCACAAUCCUUUCUAUGUGGCCGAACAUCACUCGACUCAUGUAUCUUUAUGUCUGACACCUUUCCCGAGCCCGUUUUGAUCCAUUUUCCGUUCGUGAUCCACGGGGUCAAAACUCUUAGCUGAG